AUGAAUUUACUCAAUCGUGUGUUUGCUAGUGGUGCGCCCAACCUGAUGCAUCCCGCUUUCAGAGCGAGGUCUAGUGCUGUUACAAGAGCCUUCACGUCGACGCCAACGCCAUUGCAGAAGAUGGAUAUCACUCCUUUGAAGCUCUCCAACGAGCUGUAUGCUAUUUUACGCAUUCAUAAUCGUCCAUACCUCGUAACGAGAGGCGAUAAGGUCAUUCUACCGUUUAAACUAAAACAAGCAGAGGUUGGUGAUAUUCUAAAUCUAAACGAUGUCACCACUAUUGGAAGCAGGAAUUUCAAAAUCGUGGACGCUCCUAUAGACCCGUCUCUUUACAACCUCAGGGCAACCGUGCUGGAAAAAACUAAACGGCCCAUGAGGAUUAGGGAAGUUACGAAGCGCAGAAAUCGGAAAGUUCGCCACGCAGUGAGUAAGCCCGAUUUAACUGUCCUCAGGAUUUCGGAACUCUCUCUUGUAGAUUGA